GUAAAGACUAAAUGCAGCAUAACUCCAGCCUUGCAUAUUACUUCCCAAGAAGUGGCAACCUGUAGCAACUGAAGUUUUUAGAAAGCCCUUCAUUGGCAUUAUAGUAAUCUAGACUUGAAAUUAAGAUAUGAAGAUGUAAGAGAGGGUUCACAUGACCAGGUUUGGCCCAGAUCUCUGAAUGACUCCACCCAGGAGUUUCAUAUAUAUGUGAAAAAGCAUGGGAGACGAGAUGGAACUUUACAUCCCCUACAGCUUAGACACUGUAGGGCUAAGCAGGCCUGCUACAGUGAUACUUUGAAAGCAGAACCCACCGCAUCACCAUAAGAGCCAUUCCAAAAGGAUAAUCUGGUUGAUAAUAUAAAAUAGGCCACAAGGUCCAAGAAAUCAAGAGGGUUAUUAAUAUGCAGUGUUUCUUAAAAUUGCUUUCUUUGUCUUUAAUAUUAUGAUUUUUCCCAUUUGGGUAGAGAUUACAGCAGUCCUAAAAAAUCUAAUAGUGUAGAGUGGGAGUUAUUGCCAUGUUUUUAUUUAAGGGCCUUGAAUUCCCCAAAGUGGUUUGGUACUGGCUAACACCAAAGACUGAAGAAGAAGACGAAGAUGAAGUGGAGGAGGAGAAGGAAGAUGAACUCGAAGAAUCAGAAAAGUUAACCAUUUUAACAACUUAUUUAAGAGAAGAGUAUCUCUAUUGCAUCUGGUGUGGAACAGCCUACCAAGAUCAAGAAGAUCUAUCUUCAAAUUGCCCUGGGAGCACAUAUAUGGAUCAUGAAUAAUUCUAUAAAAAUUCCAAACAGUAGCAAAAUUCUGUAAUCUCAGUGAAGAGCAGAGAUGUGGAUGCUACUGCAUAUUUUUCAUUGAGCAAAUUGGUCAUUUUUCACUGCUUCUUGAGCUCUUCCAUGUUUGGAUAUAAAAUGGGUUUUCUACAACUCUAUUUAAAAAUUCUUUGGAAUAGGAACUGUAAUUUGUUGUUAUUUUUCCAAGUUAUUUAUUCUUUUUUAAAUCCUGCUGUUUGUUUCUGAAAAACAAAAUUAAAAUGUAACAUGACUGACUCUAGACUCUGCAGAUUUGAUAAAUGCAUGUUCUGGUCUCAACAAAAUAAAAUUU